AUGUCUCCUCAGGCAUCGGGGAAGAAGAGAAAGGCAUUUACUCGGGAUUCGCCCAAAGCUGACGAGAUCGUGCUGAGUGACGGAAGCGCAGACGAAUUUGAGGCCACGUUCUCGAGCGAACUUGAAUCGCACAAUAAUGGAACGAGACUAGAAGAUGAGGAUCCCACGUCGAGCAGUGCUGGAGAAGAGGACGAAAAAGAUGAGUGGGAAUCAGAAGAAUCAGAUGGAGACCUUGAGAGUGACGAAAUACCGUCCGAUGAGGACCAAAACGCGGCAGACGAUAAAACGAUCAGAGAAUUGAGUCCUGACGAAGAGGCUACCACUAACGGGUCUCACGGAGCAGACUUCAAGCUUGAGACGGAUGCAAACGGAAAUCUUCGCUACAUUUACCCUGAAAUUGACCCUGUCUACGACUCAGACGAUUCAGAGGCACCGGCGACCACCAACACGAUUGGGAACAUUCCGCUCUCGUUCUAUGAUGCAUAUCCCCACAUCGGUUACGAUAUCAAUGGCAAGAGGCUAAGUCGACCAGCUAAGGGCGAGGCAUUGGAUGCGUUGCUGGACAGCAUUGAGGUACCCAAAGGAUGGACUGGUCUUACAGAUCCAGCAACAGGGAAGCCUUUGGAGCUCAGCAAGGAAGAGUUGGACAUUUUGAAGAGGAUUCAAACAAACGAGGUGCCAGAGGAUGGCUACGACCCCUAUCCAGCCACGAUCGAGUACUUCACGAGUAAGACGGAGCAGAUGCCUCUCAGCUCUGCGCCAGAGCCCAAGCGAAGAUUCGUCCCCUCAAAGCACGAAGCCAAGCGCGUGAUGAAGAUUGUGCGUGCGAUACGGGAAGGGAGGAUCAUGCCAUACAAGCCUCCUGCGCAGGAUGAGGAAGAGGAUACAGACGUAAAAAGGUAUGAUAUAUGGGCAAACGAGGCGCCAAGGCCUGAUCACCCCAUGAAUGUUCCGGCUCCAAAGUUACCGCCGCCGGGUUACGAAGAAAGCUACCAUCCCCCUCCCGAAUAUCUACCUGAUGACGAGGAAAAGAAAGCGUGGGAUGAGCAGGAUGAAGAGGACAAAGAGAAGGACUUUCUCCCUACAAACCACGACUCAUUACGUAAAGUGCCUGGUUACGAUAGCUUCUUGAAGGAGAAGUUUGAACGAUGUCUGGAUCUGUACCUCGCCCCUAGAAUCAGGCGAAGCAAACUGAACAUAGACCCCGAAUCUUUACUACCGAAAUUGCCAAGCCCCGAAGAGCUCCGGCCAUUUCCUACGAUGUGCGCAACCAUCUUCGGAGGUCAUGAAGGCCGGGUGCGAAGUCUCUCUAUCAGCCCUUCAGGAUACUGGCUUGCUAGUGGAGGCGACGAUGGUGCAGUCAGGAUAUAUGAGCUGAGGACGGGCUACGAGGUCUGGUCUGUGAAGCUGAGCAAGGAUGAAGCUGUCAAUGUGGUCCGAUGGCGGCCAGGCACAGACGCUAUGAUUAUUGCGGCAGCUGCCGGUGAAGAUGUGUACCUGAUUGUGCCUCCGAGCAAUGUUCCAGCCAUCAGUAAUCCAGAAGUCAACCAACAAAGUCGCGAGCUCCUUAACGCUGGCUGGGGCUAUGCAGCAAACGGAGAUAGCAAGCCCAAGAAAGACAUUCCGCAGUGGGCUCGACCUGGUUCUCAGCUGGAAGAGUCUGGAGUACUCGUGAAGUUUGCUCUUAGAAAAACUGUGAAAGUCAUCACAUGGCACCGCCGAGGCCAAUAUUUUGCGACAGUUUCGCCUGAAGGUCAAAGUAACGCUGUUGCGAUCCAUACAUUGUCAAAACAUCAAACGCAAUUUCCAUUUCGCAAUUUGAAAGGACUCGCACAGGCCGCUCAUUUCCAUCCCUCAAAGCCCGCCUUCUUUGUCGCGACACAAAGAAUGAUACGGCAUUUCGAUCUAUCCAAACAAGAGCUCGUCAAAAUCAUCCAACCGGGUGCACGCUGGAUCUCUUCAUUCGAUGUACAUCCCGGUGGUGAUAACCUGAUUGUUGGAAGCUACGACAAGCGAUUACUCUGGCAUGACCUCGAGCUGUCUGUGCGACCGUACAAAACAUUGCGAUACCACCAGAAAGCCAUUCGGGCAGUUAGGUUUCACCAAGGCGGUCUCCCGCUCUUCGCUGACGCAAGUGACGACGGUAGCCUUCAGAUAUUCCACGGCAAAGUUGUACACGACGCAAUGGAGAAUGCGAGUAUUGUUCCCCUGAAGAGCCCUGGUGCGCGAGCGCAGGAGCCGAUGGCACGAGUCGACUGUGGACUUAAGAGCGAAAGAGAGCGAGGGGAUCGGGGGGAUGUUGGGGUCCCAGACCCUGAUGACGCUAAAGCGAAAACGUCGAACAAUAGGAGAAAAGGCCAACUCUUGCUCUUGGCGUGA